AAUACACCUUCAAAAUGUCAAUCGCUUUUGGAUGCUUUAACAAAACCAACUAGUAGCAAUUUUUAUUUAACGUACAAAGUAAAUCUUUGUGAGCAAUGUGAAAAAUAUUUUACAAAUUUGUUUAUGUGCCAGGACUACAAUGCUCUCUUAGAAAUCCCAUAA